AUGCCAAUUAAGGAUGACUAUGUUCACAAACCUACUACAGGAGUUCGCUUCAAUGGUUCAAAAACAUCAUAUUGUGGACAGUCUUAUCCAGAACCUGUGUUUACCUUUAGUUCGGCACUUUCUCCCCCGACAUUCGCCCCGGAGAGUAUCAUGAAGACAUUGAUCAGCUCUAUCGAUGCGUUGCCGUUUUCAGAAUGCGGGUCCAUCAAACACAAACUACUAGUCGAGGAGCUCUGUACCUUCGUUGAAGACAUCGACAGCAUUCAUUACGAUAGAGGGGGCGAAAGCCUGAGAUCCAAGUUGAUGAAGCUAGUUGACGGGUUUAAUCAUUGGGCCCCAAAGCCUCCGGUGAGACCAAUUAAGCUUAAGAGUAUUAUCGGCCCCCCUGGGGUACAUGCGAUCAUCGAGGCCCCCAGUGAUCUAUCAAGACCCUUGGUUUUCUAUUAUCCUUUGAAAGGAGAAACCUCAAUUGAGAAAGCCUUUUUUACCAAUGGAUCGGCCGCUUAUCCUGUGCGAUAUGAGUCUGUUUGGAAGGGACUUACCGACGCUAAGGCCGAGGAUAUUUGGAAAUUGUACAAGGCUGCGGAACAAAUACUUGUCGGCGAAGCUAGAGAAUACUCUAACGUUCGUCCAUACACCUGUGGAAAGAAAAAAUUACUUUUGGAUUUACACCACCGAGGCCUUUCUUUAAACAUUGAGCCGAUUUGGACAGGAUUUGAGGAGCAAUUUUUGAAUACUUGUACCUCUCUUCGCUCGAUGCAAACGACCAUCGAAAGAUCGGAUGAAUUUCUUCCGGAACGCUGCUACAAGUUUGACUUUGAGAAUUGUGGAGGCUGGGAAGCGUAUAGAUUUUGCCGUUUCAUGCGUCAAAUCGUGGUCCCGAUUGAACAGACGGUUGGUAUCGUCUCUGGGGAAAAGGUUGUAAUAAAACCUUUGCUCUGGGAUCCACAUCAGAGCUAUUAUUCCCUGAGAAAUAAGACCACCUGGGGCCUCUAUCCUACAUAUCUUGAGUGGGACGAGAAUACAGAGAGCUUUACCGGAGCGAUCAAACUUGCAUCAAACUUCCCUGAACGUACUCACGUGGAUGUCCGCUGCGAUAUCUACGCAAGAACUUCAGAGACUCUUCCAGUGGGGGUAAGAUUCGAAACAAUCUUAAAAUCCUUUAUUACUUUACGUGUAUACGUUCCUGCCUAUAAAGCUCCGAGAACAACCCCCACCAAAUCAGAAAAAGUAUCAAGGCUGGAUGACUCCUUAUUAUCUACGGGCGAAUAUGAGAAAAAUUCUACGUUGGAUCAAAUCGUUCAACAUAAAGCAUACAAAUUUUUGCAAAGCUCCAGUCACCCGCCGCUGAAAUUGACUGUAUAUAGAGCGCAGGAUGAGGAGACAUCAGUACCAUCAGAAAAUGGGGCCUCUCAUACUGAUCACAAACCGAUAUGCCCGAUGAUUAGUGGUGGUUACGGUGGUACUAGUCCUAUGUUUAAACAGCGAAAGAUUAAACAUGAAAGCGAAGGUAUUCUUUCGUUACGCUGGGACCCCGAGCAAUGGUUGAGCAUCGUUUUUCGCAUUGAACCUGAGGGAGGGGUGGAGUGGAGAUCUAUAAGUAAUUGGGAGGUCAUGUCCGAAAAGUCUGGAAGCGAUUUGAGCGAGAGCGACGAUUCAGUUGAGAAAGACGAAGAGUCCUUGGAAAACAACUUGGAACAGAUUCAAUACGAAGGAGAUAACCUCACCCUCGGUUUGGAGGUUGAACUGAUAUUAACAAGAGGGGUAGGUCGUUCUGGUUAUGAAUUCUACGAAGAUAUCUCCGCCAUUUUCAAUGAGCUACCAAGUGUGAAGGUACAGUCGAUAGUGACAAAUAAGCCUAGCUCAUUUGGUUCAGCUAUAUUUUCAGCAGAUGCAGAAAUGAAGGACAGGAUGCUCGAGAAUGAGAACUUCGAAGGCCACGGCUAUCUAGGACUGGGUAUCGAGAAGCAACGAUGCAUUCAGUGGAGAAAACUCACAUUGCCCCAAAAUUUUGAGAUCUUUGCGAGCAUUCCAUGA